GCCUGUGGUAAGGUCGGCGGGAUGACCGCGGUUGGUUUUUGAUCGGUGGUCACCAUUGUGAUGCUGCCACCCAACACCCCGUGCUAAAUUAAGUUAAUCUAUACCUCUGUCUUAUUCUCGUCUCUAUGAAUCCCAGUCUUUUUAAUAAUUACAGGCUUACCGUUUGCACUGGGAGGUACCCAGAGGAUGGGUGCCAAGGGAACUUCCCUCUCAAAGGCACUCCAGGUCUAUGUGAACGAUGCCACCUGUUAAACCUGUCCCAAAAUUCCACAGAAGAGCAUGCUUGCAUUUCUAUGUAUUUUCAAUGUAAUCAUUGUGGUCCGGCAAAUCAAGAGAUUACAGCCAGCUGCUGCUGCCUCCGAUGUGCAGUUCAGCUUCAAGUAGUGCAGGAGCAUGAAACUACAACAAAAUGUGUUGGAGAUCUUCCCGAGAACUCCUGUCAAGGAAACUUCCCUUUCAAAAAGGACCACGGACUAUGUAUUCACUGUGGCAUUCUGAAUUCUCUUGAAGAUAAUCCUAAGGCACAUAUGCUUGUUUCGACAAUGGUCCGAGCGCAGUGCUCGGUGUCAAGGCAAGGCGCUAUUUGAAUGAGUAUAGACAAUGCGGCCAAGGAGGAAGGGAGCCCAGCGUCGACACCCCUACUUGAUGUCCGCGAGUCGAAGGGUGUAAAUAGCUGCUGAAUAUAGCUUUGGUGAUGGGUUUGGAUCGAGCCAGACACGUUGAAGAUACCAUGCCAAGUCGGGAAAGGCCCAAUGAUGAGUACGCUGACAAUGCGAACAAGAGCAAUAAUAUCUAUGAACCUCCUUCAGCCCCAGAGUGAGAACAGAGAGACAAGUCAUACCAGAGCAAUCUUCACGACGCGUCGUCGUCG